AUGAUCCAAUACAGUCGGCGGGAGCAGCUUCGCAGCAGAGACACAUCCCGAAACUACUCUGCCGUAUCGUGCACCCGGGGUCUGCCCGAUUUCUCCGUCGACCUCGUCAUUCAUCAAAGCAGUGUUGGCGACGAUAUCAUCACGCACAAGGAUUCGCUGCUGAGAAUCACACCGACCAUGGGCGAGAUCUACAAGUGCGCCGAGACGGUGCACGUCUGGCUUGGCGACGUCGAUGCCGAUGAAGUCGUGGUGGCAUUUGCCAACAUACGCAUGGUUCAGGCGUUCUCGACGGCGACCGAGUCCUACAAGACGGAUCUUUGCAAUAGCCUGACGAUGCUGACGCAAAAGCCAUGGCUCAGCCGAAGAUGGGUCAUCCAAGAGAUCAAGCUUGCAGAUCGAGCCGUCUUGCGUUAUGGAGAGCACUGUGUUGAGUACGCACGCUUCCGAGCAGCUUGGUACUUGGUGGAGAGUCGCCUGCUAACUCAGGGCAACCUGGGAUAUUUGCGACAUCUGCUACGGUGUGAUGUGACGGAUGACCUCUUAGAACUGCUCUAG